AUGCAGCGGCGAUCUGGCCGUUUAAACCGCGAGCUGGAACUCGGGGUAGGUGGUGGGGAAGAGCAUCCUCCACCCCUUCAGAACUGGGAACAACUGUUUGCUGCCAUGCAAGAGACAAUUAGGCAGCAGGGGGAGCAGAUUCGAGACCUGAGAGAGCAACAGGCUCGUCCUGCACCUAUACUGGCACCUCAGGUAGUGCCACCGAAUAUGGGGGAUCGUAUGGAACCAAUUUAUGAGCGGUUCAGGAAACAAAACCCACCUGUGUUUGAGGGUGGCCCAGACCCACUGAAAGCAGAACAGUGGAUGACUAUGAUUGCUUCUAUCUUUGAUUUCAUGCGGGUAGAAGAUAAUGACCGGGUACGAUGUGCUAUUUAUAUGUUACGAGAUGAUGCCCGGAUAUGGUGGGAGAUUGUUUCCCAAGGUCAUAAUCUGAAUACUAUGACCUGGGAUGUAUUCAGGGCACUAUUUUAUGAGAAAUAUUAUAAUGAAUCUAUUCGUGCCGCUCAAGCUGAAGAGUUCGCACGUUUAGUUCAGGGUAGCAUGACUGUGACUGAAUAUGCUACCAAGUUUGACAGACUAGCCAAGUUUGCUUCUGAUGAAGUGGCCAGUGAUGCUGCAAGAAAAGCUAAGUUCAUCAGAGGUCUUGAAGAGUAUAUUGCUAGAGAUGUGAUUAUGGCAGCCAAACAAUCAGGGGUCGUGAAGACUUAUCCUCAGAUUGUGGACUUAGCUCUCACUGCUGAGGGGGCUGAAAGCCUGAUUCGUAAAAAGAGUACUCAGAGGAAGGACGCGUGGAAGACCUCAUCUGGUAUUGGAGUGAGUAAAAGCUUUAGCCCCAAUGACCGAAAAAGGAAACCAGAUGGACCACCGGUUGUGGGUCCAAACAAAAAGUUUCAAAAUAACCAGGGCUUUCGUCGGGGCAAAAAUGAGGUUUGGCAGCCUUACCCUGAAUGCCCAAAAUGUAAGAGACAUCACUUGGGUGAAUGCCGGUCUAGAGUUUGUUACCAAUGUGGAGUAGUAGGCCAUUUCAAGAACAGCUGUCCACAGCUACAGAAGCCUGAGGCUAAGAAAGAGAGUCCUAUGGUUCCUGCUCGGGUGUUUGCUUUGACCCAAGCAGAUGCUGAAGUUGGCCCUUCGACUGUUACAGGUGAGAUAUCUAUUGGUGGUAUUAUGUUUACUAUUUUGAUUGAUUCUGGUGCUACACAUUCAUAUAUUUCUAGUAGAAUCAUUGAGAAAUUGAGUAGGCCAUGUGAUGUCAUGUCUGGUGGAUUUGGUACCUUGUUACCUACUGGAGAAGUGGUAAUCUCCAGGAGGUGGGUAAGGUCUCUCCCAGUGUUAGUAGAAGGGAGAGAAUUGUCAGUGGAUCUGAUUGAAUUAGACUUAGAAGAUUUUGAUGCAAUCCUGGGAAUGGAUUGGUUGACUAAGUACAAUGCUACUAUAGAUUGUAAGAGAAAGAUGGUGACUUUUAAACCAGAGGGUGAGAUCCCAUUUGUUUUUAUGGGAAAGGUGCAAGGAUCUCGGAUUCCAUUGAUAUCGGCACUUAGGACCAGGGAAUUAUUACGAGAAGGAUGUAUGGGAUACCUGGCUAGUGUGUUGGAUACCACAAAAGAUACACCUGAGGGACCGGAAAAGGUUAGAGUAGUAUGUGAAUUUCUGGAUGUAUUUCCGGAAGAGUUACCAGGAUUACCACCAAAGAGAAAGAUUGACUUUGAAAUUGAAUUAGUACCUGGAGCUGAACCAGUUUCUAAGGCUCCAUAUAGAAUGGCACCGACAGAAUUGAAAGAAUUGAAAGUCCAAUUACAGAACCUACUUGAUCUACGAUUCACGAGGCCGAGUACCUCUCCUUGGGGUGCACCAGUUUUGUUUGUCAAGAAAAAGGAUGGGUCGUUACGUAUGUGCAUUGAUUAUCGUGAAUUGAACAAGUUGACAAUAAAGAACAAAUAUCCUUUGCCAAGGAUAGAUGAUUUGUUUGAUCAGUUACAGGGAAAGACCAUCUUCUCCAAGAUUGACCUUCGAUCUAGUUAUCACCAGUUGAGGAUUCGGGAAGAGGAUAUUCCCAAAACUGCUUUUCGUACUCGAUAUGGGCACUACGAGUUUUUAGUGAUGUCCUUUGGUUUGACUAAUGCACCAGCAGCAUUUAUGGACUUAAUGAAUCGGGUAUUUAAGGACUUCCUUGAUAACUUUGUGAUUGUGUUUAUUGAUGACAUUCUAGUCUAUUCUGAAUCGAAAGAAGCUCAUGAACAACACCUUCGUAUGGUAUUACAGCGUCUCCGAGAACACAAGCUUUAUGCAAAGUUCAAGAAGUGCGAAUUUUGGUUGUCCAAAGUGAGUUUCUUAGGACAUGUGGUAAGUAAGGAUGGGAUUCUGGUAGAUCCAGUGAAGAUUGAAGCUGUUCGAGAUUGGCCACAACCUAAAACAACAACUGAAGUUAGAAGUUUCUUAGGAUUGGCUGGGUACUAUAGGAGAUUUGUAUAA